UUGGCCCAAGACAAAAAGGCGCAAAUGGCACACGUUACAAACCGCAAGUUUUACUGCGCCCAGCUCUUCGCGACUGACGACUAUCGUCUCUCCGUCUCGCCGCCUUCCAUUACCGACCACCGGGCCACUUGCUGCUCUCGUCUUUUUGGGUUUUAUGAUCGCCCUCUCAGACUUCGCCUUUGUUGCUUGAUUUUGCAAUAAUAUUGUUUGCUUCUUGGCUUCCAUAUCAUUUUAGAAGGUACAAUUCAAGAAGUUGCAAUCUACUUCCCUUGGUAAGUUAAUGCCCUCAUCUCACUAUUUGUUGCCUUGUCAGCCAAAAUAAUGAAUUAUUGUUGCAUUGUUGGCAAAAUAAUGAAUGCUAUUGUCUUGUCAACAAAAUAAUGAAUGUUGUUACCUUGUCAGCAAAUUACUGAAUUAUUGUUGCCUUAUCAACUUAAUGAAUUAUUUUUAAAUUAUCAUUGUAGUAAUGGACCACUGAUGAUUUUUUUGUUUGCGAUUUUUAAGAAUUUGAUGUGAAGAUAGAUACAGAUUAAUGUCACAUGUAUGCAUAUAUUAUAUUGACUUUUGUAAAUUUCAGCCACCGUGUCCUAAAUUCUUGGAUCAGCCCUUGUUCAGAAUGGGAAUAUUUGAACCGUUCCGAGCUAUCGGUUACAUAACAACAAAUGUACCCUUCUCUGUACAACGUCUAGGCACUGAAGCCUUUGUCACCGUCAGCGUUGGCAAAGCCUUCCAAAUUUAUGACUGUGCCAAGCUGAAUUUAGUCCUUGUUGGUUCUCAACUGCCAAAGAAGAUACGAGCUCUUGCCUCUUAUCGAGACUACACAUUUGCGGCAUAUGGCCAUAACAUUGCAGUUUUUAAGCGUGCUCAUCAGGUGGCUACUUGGAGCAGCCACAAUUCCAAGGUUAAUCACCUGCUUCUUUUUGGCGAACAUGUUUUGAGUGUUGACAUUGAAGGCAAUAUGUUUAUUUGGGCAUUUAAAGGAAUGGACCAGAAUAUUGCUCCUACUGUUCAUAUUUUGCUAGAAAAUAACCGUCCAAGUUGCAUAAUGCAUCCCGAUACUUAUUUAAACAAGGUAAUUGUUGGAAGUCAGGAUGGUUCCUUGCAACUUUGGAACAUUAGCACCAAGAAAAAGCUUUAUGAGUUCAAGGGGUGGACGUCGACCAUAUGUUGCUGCAUUUCGUCGCCUGCACUGGAUGUUGUUGCCGUUGGCUGUUCCAAUGGAAAAAUUCAUGUUCACAACAUUCGUUAUGAUGAAGAGAUUGUGACAUUCACUCAUUCUACUAGAGGUUCUGUGACUGCUUUGUCUUUCAGCACUGAUGGGCAGCCCCUUUUAGCAUCUGGUGGUACAUCUGGAGUAAUAAGUGUAUGGAAUCUUGAGAAAAGGAAGCUUCAGUCUGUCAUUAGAGACGCCCAUGACUGCUCAGUAGUUUCACUUCACUUCUUUGCUAAUGAGCCUGUGCUUAUGAGUUCGUCAGCAGAUAAUUCUAUCAAAAUGUGGAUCUUUGAUACGAGUGAUGGGGAUCCUCGUCUGUUGCAAUUUAGAAGUGGGCACAGUGCUCCUCCUCUCUGCAUCAGGUACUAUGCUAAUGGACGGCACAUCCUAUCUGCUGGCCAGGACCGUGCCUUUCGUCUUUUCUCUGUCGUCCAGGAUCAGCAAAGUAGAGAACUUUCUCAACGCCAUGUAUCUAAAAGAGCAAAAAAACUCAGGCUGAAGGAAACAGAAAUAAAGCUGAAGCCAGUAAUUGCAUUUGAUGUUGCUGAAAUCCGGGAACGUGAUUGGUGCAAUGUGGUUACAUGCCAUAUGGAUACUUCUCAAGCGUACGUAUGGAGGCUUCAAAAUUUUAUUAUUGGUGAGCACAUCCUAACCCCACGUGUAGAGAAUCCAACUCCCAUUAAAUCCUGUGCCAUCAGUGUUUGUGGCAAUUUUGCAGUUUUAGGGACAGCAGGUGGUUGGAUUGAGCGUUUUAAUCUUCAGUCAGGAAUCAGUCGAGGAAGCUACAUUGAUAAGUUUGUGAGAAAAACCUGUGCUCAUGAUGGGGAAGUGAUUGGUAUUGCCUGUGAUUCUACAAAUACCAUUAUGAUAAGUGCUGGAUUCCAUGGGGAUGUAAAAGUUUGGGAUUUUAAGACUCGCGAAAUGAAAUCGAGGUGGGAAAUAGGUUGUUCACUGGUUAAGAUAAUAUAUCAUCGUUCUAAUGGCCUUUUGGCUACUGUGGCAGAUGACUUGGUAAUCUGUUUGUUUGAUGCCGUGGCGUUGAGGAUGGUUAGGAAAUUUGAAGGUCAUACUGAUCGUAUAACAGAUAUGUGCUUCAGUGAGGAUGGCAAAUGGCUUUUAUCAUCCAGUAUGGAUGGGACUUUUAGGAUUUGGGAUGUAAUUCUUGCUAAACAAAUAGAUGCUAUAUCCGUUGACGUGUCUAUAACUGCAUUAUCUCUGUCACCGAAUAUGGAUGUUUUAGCAACAACUCAUGUGGAUCAAAAUGGGGUUUAUCUGUGGGUUAAUCGGGCAAUGUUUUCUAGCACUUCUAGCAAUGUUUCCCAUGGGAGUGGGAAGGAAAUUGUGAGUGUUAAGCUACCAUCUGUUUCUUCUGCAGAAGAUUCUAUAGAUAACAAUUUUGAAAAGGUCAAUGCAAACCCUCCACAAGACGAAGACGCUUCUCACUUGAUAUUAGAUCAGCAAAUUCCUGAUCUAGUCACACUUUCGCUCUUGCCCAGGAGUCAGUGGCAAAGCUUGAUCAAUCUGGAUAUUAUAAAGGCCCGGAACAAACCUAUUGAACCUCCAAAGAAACCUGAAAAGGCUCCUUUUUUCCUUCCAUCGAUUCCUUCUCUCUCGGGAGAGAUAUUAUUUAACUCUAGACAAUCUGCAGAUGAAAAGAUGGAUGCACAAGCUGGUGAAACUGACAAGAAAAGGAAAAAAACUGAUAACACAGUUUCCCAGUUCUUGCAUUUCCUCCAGUCUUCAGAGGAAAAUAACUUUGCUGCAUUUACUAAUUAUAUCAAAGGUUUAUCUUCUUCCGCUUUGGAUGUGGAACUAAGGAUGCUUCAGAUUAUAGAUGACCACGAUGAGCUAGAAACUGAGAAGAGACCAGAACUGUACUUCAUCGAACUUCUACUGGAUUAUUUUAUACAUGAGAUAUCUUGCAGAAACAAUUUUGAGUUUAUCCAGGCUGUAAUCAGAUUAUUUUUAAAGAUUCAUGGUGAAACUAUUCGGUGCCAGUCAGGGUUGCAGGAUAAAGCAUGGAAGCUUCUAGAACUUCAGUCAACAGUAUGGCAAAAAGUUGAUACCUUGUUCCAGAGUACGAGAUGUAUGGUUACUUUUCUUAGUAACUCACAAUUUUGAAUUUGUUUAAACAAUCCUCAUUUUUCAUUUGCUCUCAGUUUUGUCUUUUAGAGAAAUUCUGAAUACAUAUUUGUACAUAUUGGAUAAGUUAAUUCGGCAAAAGUUUACUACGUAGGACAGCGUUUGAAGAA